AACGCUGCAUCCGGAUGGCCCAGCGGUCAGCCCACACGCUGUUUGCCGGUGGAGAGUGGGGGAAUCCGGCGAUCCGUGGGAAGAGGACGCCGCAAUCCGGCGAGGUGGGACGGCGAGAUGGGGUCGGCGGUGUUACCGACGCUGCGGCGGAAGCGGGAGGUGGACACCGCCAUUCGCGACACCCUCGACAAGGUCCUCGUCCUCCGAUUCGGCCGCGCCGCCGACGCCGCCUGCCUCCAGCUCGACGACGUCCUUGCAAAAUCUUCUUGGGAUAUAUCCAAGUUUGCAACGAUAGCGUUGGUCGACAUGGAUUCUGAGGAGAUUCAAGUGUACGUUGACUAUUUUGAUAUCACGUUGGUUCCAGCAACCAUUUUCUUCUUCAAUGCUCAUCAUAUGAAGAUGGAUUCAGGGACACCUGAUCACACAAAAUGGAUAGGCUCUUUCAGCAGCAAGCAAGACUUCAUUGAUGUAGUGGAGGCAGUAUUUAGGGGUGCGAUGAAAGGCAAACUGAUAGUGUCCUGCCCACUUCCACCAGAGAGGAUACCUAGAUUCCAACUUCUUUUCAAGGAUGUCUGAACACAAGAAGCUCUAAUUAUAAACAGAUGUACCUUUCCUAAAAGAAUAUGGUCUUUUUGAUAUUGGAACAGUUUCAUUCCCUGUCCUCUGCAUACAUAUCCACCCAGCGAGACCUAAACAAUAAGCUGUUGAUGUAUGAAUGAUACGAUUUAUGGACUGCAGGAGGAUAUGAAGCUGUGGUUGCAUGAGCUAGGCGGUGAACAAUCAAGAGUUGGCACUUACAUUGGGAACCUAACCAGGGCUAAUACAGCCUAAAAUUUAGUGAUUUUGCUGGAAGGCCUAACAUUUAGUUGGUGGAACUCCAACAAGCAAGAAUUCGACCAAACUCGACACCGUAAUCCAUCUUUAUAUUAAUUGAUGGUACCAGAAUCAAACCACAUGCCUAUGAAUCUGGCUCCUAACAAGAAGCAUAGCACGGGAUGUGUACAACGUAUGACAUGACCUUGUGGUCUUGUGGGCACUCCCCACUCCAUACCCACGGGCCACGGAUAGCAGCAUAACAAAAAGGUUCGGUACGAUGGGAAAGGCCCGAUCUAUUCAUAUCAGAUCUAUCUACGGCUCACAUGUGGCUCCCCAGAACCAAAAGGCGCCUCUUUUUCUUUCCCGCACAAACAUUCUUCUCCUUGUCGUUGGCACUAACCACACUACGUGUACUCACGUGCUGUCCCUUUGCUGUCACUUUUCUAGGUGGCACCCGGUGAACCUCUACACGGCUGCUUGUCCUAUACAUACAUAAGUAGUUCCUUGAGGGAACAGUAUUGGACAUUGCUUUGGACGUACAUAAAAAAGCAUAUUCAAGUGUUUACUUAUGUUUUUUUU